CAAUUCUCGUGUACACAGCGCUUUACACCUUCACGAAAGCCCACACAGUCUCCACCCAACACUUAAGCCCACAACACCCACCGCCAAAAUGCUGGAAGCACGUCUCGAGCAGGCCGCCUUGUUGAAGAAGGUUGUGGAUGCCAUCAAGGAUCUGGUGCAAGAUUGCAACUUCGACUGCAAUGACUCUGGCAUCGCGCUUCAAGCCAUGGACAACUCUCACGUUGCCCUGGUAUCCAUGAUGCUCAAGUCAGAGUCCUUCUCACCUUUCCGCUGCGACCGAAACAUCGCCCUCGGUAUCAACCUGACCUCGCUUACCAAAGUCCUACGAUGUGCGCAGACGGAAGACAUCUUGACCAUGAAGGCGGAGGACGCACCAGAUGUGGUCAAUUUCACAUUCGAGAGUGCGGAGAGUGACAGGAUCAGCGAGUACGAUAUCAAGUUGAUGGAUAUCGAUCAAGAGCACUUGGGCAUUCCGGACACCGAGUACUCGGCCACGAUUGCGCUGCCCAGCUCAGAGUUCCAGCGCAUUACGAGGGAUCUGUCUGCGCUUUCAGAGUCUGUCUCGAUCGAGUGCACAAAAGACGGCGUCAGCUUCAAGUGCAACGGCGAUAUUGGAAACGGAUCCGUCACGCUUCGCUCGCACACCAACGUCGACAAGCCAGAUAAUAACAUCGAGAUCAACCUUACGGAGCCUGUAGCGCUCACUUUCUCCCUCAAGUACCUGCUGAACUUCUGCAAGGCUAGCGGCCUGAGUCAACAAGUCAAACUGUGCUUAAGCAAUGAAGUGCCUCUGCUUGUGGAGUACGGUCUGAGCAACAACUCCUAUUUGCGAUUCUACCUCGCACCAAAGAUCGGUGAUGAGGAGUAAGAGAAACAUGUCACUACGAAGCGGGAAAGCAUUGCACGAAUGGCGGUCUACAGUCUGCGCCGAUGUUCGCUGCCAAGUCUGAGAAAAGAUACGAUCGACACACGAGAGCACGCGUGGCAAGAUAUGGUCGAGCAUGAAUAAUGUUGGACGAGCCGUAUACGAGAGGCAGCGAUAUGGCAGCGUCACCAGUAAAAAGCAAGGCAUACAGGUAAGCCGAGACGGAAGACGGAGGAGUAGAAUCAGCGCGGCCGACGCACCGAGGAGAAGCCCCACCCAUGUCUUUGUCGAUUAGGUCCCGAUAGUUUUCGACAAACAUCGAAUAAAUUACAC